AUGAAUAUGUUGUUCCCUUUAAGCUCUGAGAGCAUUUUAGGUUGUGUUCAGAAGAAUGCCCAGUUUGUCCAGUGUGUUAUAUGUUCUCUAGAAGACACGACCACAAUAACACCGGGAAAGGUGAGUAUUAGUGGAUAUGCAGCAUCAGGUGGUGGCAGAGGCAUUGAGAGACUGGAUGUGUCUCUUGAUGGAGGGAAGACUUGGAUGGAAGCUUCAAGGUUUCAAAAAAGUGACAUUCCUUACACAGCAGACACAAAUGGCAACGGUGACAAAUGGGGUUGGGUGCUAUUUGAGGUCACAACUGAAAUUCAACAAAGCACUGAGAUUAUCGCAAAAGCGUGGAGUUAG